GCAGACAGGCAGACAGAUGGACAGACAGACAGACAGACAGGCAGACAGGCAGACAGGCAGACAGAUGGACAGACAGACAGACAGACAGGCAGACAGGCAGACAGGCAGACAGAUGGACAGACAGAUAGACAGACAGAUAGAUAGAGAUAUCAGACAAAGUAAUGGACAGAUAGACAGAUGGACAGACAGACAGACGGGAUGUGCAGAGUACAUGUACAUGUGUGUACAGCCUGGGAGAGAUUCGAUAUGCUUCUGCUUAGAAAUACGACGCGAGACAUACAGAAGCCGUUUGAUUGCAAUUUCUGUUGAAUGCUCUCAAUUAUCCUUUUUAUCCAUAUGGCCCCCAAAAGUAGGCAAGGUUCAGACGGCCCAAUGCGAGCUGGUUAUCAGUGCGUGUGUCAAGAAUGUAGUGAAUGAAGAUGAACAGGUUGAAAUGAGAUUUCAUUGUUGCCACGGCUACCUUUCCACAGUGUUACUGCGUUGGGGUAAACAAGACGAUGUUGUAUAUCCAUCCCAUGGGCCCAUGGGAGACAUGAACAUGGACAUGGAUGGACAUGACAUGGAGUAA